AUUAGUAACUUUGGCCAUGUCACCCAUGUGUUGGGUUGCUAUUAUUCCGAACCACAUACUCAGAGUCAGAGUCAGCUGUGAUCACAGCCCUAUACCCAUACCAUACAUAACCAUGUCCAUGUGCUCAUAGAAUUUGACUUUAGUUAAACCGCUGACACGAGUUCAUUUUCUAUAACAACAUGGAUGCCAGUGGUAAAGGACAUAAGCGUAAAGGUAAAUCGAAACAUUUCGAUGUAAACAAGCUUUCUAAAGGGCAAAAACACCAUUUAAAAGAGUAUGGAGAACUUCAUCCAGUUGAUAUUGAAGACGACGAUUCGAUCGAGAAAUCCACUAGAAUUGAAACAAUUUUUGAUGACUCGAUUGUUAUAAAGAAUUCACAAGGAAAGAAAAAAGUUACUAAAACAAGUGCUGACUGUUCACCAAAUGAGAGAGAAGAAGUUGGUGAUGAAAUAACUGCAUACGAGAAGCUAAUGCUCUCAUUUGUAAAUGAAUCUCCAGUUCUGAAGAGAAAAGCUCGCAAGAGAAAUAGUAAUCAAGAGAAGAAUGAUGAGCAAUAUUUAAAUAAUCAUUUGAAGGAUGUAAAUGAAACUAAAAAUGGGAAAGAAGAGGAUGUCCAUGUAACUGAACUUGUACAAUCGGAUGAAGAAAGUGAUUCUGAUGAUAAUUCAAAUUCAAAUGAUAUGAAAGAAAGGUUAAUGUCUGAACCAUUUUCACAACAUUUUGAAGUUGAUAUUGAGGAUCACGUGAUUACAAAACUGGCUUCCAGACCAUCAAUCAAGGCCAUAAAAACAGAAAUUGACAAUGGAAUUGCCCUGCAUUAUCCAUCUAUUUCUGAAUCAACUAUUGAAAGUCCUGUAUGUAUUGGGUCUAAAACAACACUUGAAAAUUUUUGGGUAAAACCAAAACUCUGUGAAAACUGGAAAUCUUUAAAUCAGACUAUCAAAUCAGAUGAAAUAUUUACUCGGUUACAAAAGGAUUUAUUUCCUAUGUUAAAUUCCUAUCAGGAUUUAUAUUAUUGUUUAAGAGAUUUCAACAACAGUGAAGAAAUAAGAAGAAUGUACUGUCUUCAUGCCUUGAAUCAUAUAUUAAAAACAAGGUCAAAAAUCUUAAAAAACAAUGGUAAAAUUGCUCAAUCACAUAAAGAAAAAAAGGAAUUGCCAGGAGAGUUCAGAGAUCAAGGAUUAACACGACCAAAAGUCUUGAUCAUUGUGCCAUUUCGUGAUUCUGCAUUGAAGAUUGUGGAUAUAUUUAUCAAUUUGUUAGCUAUAGACGGAGAGUGUCAAGUUAUGAACAGAAGGAGAUUUUUUGAAAAAUUCAGCAAAAGUGAAGAAGGCAACGGUCCUCAGAAUAAGUCAGAUGAUUUUAAAAAGAUGUUUGAUGGCAACAGCGAUGAUUUUUUUCGUGUUGGUUUGACUAUUAUGCGGAAAACAAUAAAAUUAUAUGCAGAGUUUUACUCUGCUGAUAUCAUCAUUGCUUCCCCUGUUGGUUUAAGAUCAAUUAUAGGAGCUAAUGGAGAGAAAAGACGUGAUUAUGAUUUCCUAUCCUCAAUCGAAGUGCUUAUCAUGGACCAAGUUGAUGUUUUUCUAAUGCAAAACUGGGAACAUGUGCAGCAUAUCUUUGAACAUCUUCAUUUACAACCAAAGGACUCACAUGAUGUUGAUUUUUCCAGAGUCCGUAUGUGGAAUUUGAAUGGGUGGUCAAAAUACUACAGGCAAACUAUUCUCUUCAGUAGUUUUGCAAGUCCAGAGAUGAAUUUUAUCUUCAACAAGGAAUGCCUAAAUUAUGCUGGAAAGACUAAAGUUUUUCCUGAAAAUCAAGCUGGUUCUGUGUGUGAAGUAGUUGCUCAAAUUCCACAGGUAUAUCACAAAGUAAUUGUAGAAAAUCACAAAUGUCAAGCAGAAAAACGAUUUAUGUUCCUUGUAAAUAAGAUAUUUCCAGAUCUCAAAAGUGGCGGGGGAAUUUCAUCUCACACCGCUAUUUUUAUUUCAUCUUAUUUCGAUUUUGUGAGGAUAAGAAACUAUCUGAAGAAACAAGAAGUCAAUUUUCUCCAAUUGUCAGAAUACACCUCAAGAGCUAACAUCACAAAAAGUAGAAAUGAAUUUUUUCAAGGAAAAACUGCAUUGUUACUUUUCACUGAACGAUUCUACUUCUAUUACAGAUAUCGAAUCAGAGGAAUCAAAAACAUUGUUUUUUAUGAGCUACCUUCUUAUUCUCAAUUUUACCCAGAGAUUGUAAACUACAUGGACACAACUUUGAAAGAAAGAGAUAUUAAUGCAUCUAAUUGUACAGUGCUUUAUUCAAAGUUUGAUGUAAAUCGAUUAAGUGCUAUAGUAGGUACAUUGAGAUGCCAGAAGAUGAUUGCAUCUGAACAAAGUGUGCAUAUGUUUGUAAGCGGACAAUAAAAACUGUGCACUUUUGACAAGAAAA